GCCGGCUUGCAAAGGUAUAUAACACAGGACCUUCGACAGAUUUGGCACUCUCCAGUCAGCAACAGGAGGUCUCACACAAACCAACCAUCCACCAUGAAAUUCGUGAUCAUUGCCGCCCUCGUGGCCGCGGCCUCUGCUGCCGACUACCACGAUGACGUCUUCCACUUUUCCAACCUCGAACAAUUGAGCGGCCUCCAGAAGAGCUCGGCGAAGAUCGCCCAGCCCGUGUACGCCCAGCAGUACGCCGCUGAGGUUGCUCAGCCCUACUACGCCGAGAAGUACGCCCAGCCCGCUGUCUUCGCCCAGCAGUACGCCGUCAAGCAGCUCGCCCAGCCCGUUGUGUUCGCUCAGCAGCCCGCUGUCUUCACCCAGCAAUACGCUGUCAAGCAGCUUGCCCAGCCAGCUGUCUUCGCCCAGCAGUACGCUGUCAAGCAGCUCGCCCAGCCCGCUGUCUUCCCCCAACAGUACGCUGUCAAGCAGCUUGCCCAGCCAGCUGUCUUCGCCCAGCAGUACGCUGUCAAGCAGCUCGCCCAGCCCGCUGUCUUCCCCCAACAGUACGCUGUCAAGCAGCUUGCCCAGCCCGCUAUCAUCGCCCAGCAGUACGCUGUCAAGCAGCUCGCCCAGCCCGCUAUCAUCGCCCAGCAGUACGCUGUCAAGCAGCUCGCCCAGCCCGCUGUCAUUCCCCAGCAGUACGCCCUGAAGCAGCUCGCCCAGCCCGCUGUCAUCGCCGAGCAGUAUGCUGUCAAGCAGCUCGCCCAGCCCGCUAUCAUCGCCCAGCAGUACGCUGUCAAGCAGCUCGUGCAGCCCGCUGUCAUUCCCCAGCAGUUCGCCCUCAAGCAGCUCGCACAGCCCGUGAUCGCCGAGCAGUACGCUGUUAAGCCCUUGGUUUCCCAGCAGCCGUCCGCUCUGGCCGGUGUCUCUACCUACGCAUCCGCCUACCAGGGCCCCCAGUACCGCAUCCUGUCCCAAGUCCAGGAGACCGACGCCGCCGGCCCCUACAAGCUGAGCUACUCCACCGAGAACGGCAUCCAGCACUCUGAGGAGGGCUACCUGACUGAGGGCUCAGAGGGCCCCGUUGUCGCCAAGCAGGGCUCCUACUCCUACACCGCCCCCGACGGCCAGGUGUACGCCUACAACUACAUCGCCGAUGAGAACGGUUUCAGGGCCGUCGAUGCCAGCUCAGCCUCUCAGUCGGGUGAGCAGUACAACGUGGAGGCUCGUCUCUUCAAGAACUAAGCGACUGUGAUAGACGAAACCAGAACAGUAGAACAGCCUUCCCCUCUAGGGCGAUAUUCGUCCGUGCAAUGAAAUAGGAUCUCUCCGAAUUGGAGAAUGAGUCGACAGUACAAAUACCCGAAUAAAUAUAUGCAAUUUUA